CUCAUUAAUUUAUGAUAUUCAUGCUAAAGUCCACACAUAAACGAUUAGUACUCAUUCUUCUCCGGUUCUACAGACUGAUGAAACACCAAUGAUCAGGAUUAGGGACUGAAAUGAUCAAAUCGCUACCUAUAAAUAUCUUCAUUGUAGAGCAAUGGUCAGAUAAGGCAAAAAUAAUAAAACCCUUCAAAUUUCAACCUGCAAAUGGCUUCCUCUGUUCCAAUCAUCAUUCUCUCUGUUUUCCUCUGUUUCUUCUUCUCUCUGAGUUUCAGCAAUGCUCAGAGCUCAUUCCGGCCACGUGCACUAGUUCUGCCGGUCCAAAAAGAUGCUGCCACGCUCCAAUACGUGACCAAAAUUAACCAGAGAACACCUUCAGUUUCCCUCAACGUUGUUGUUGAUCUCGGCGGUCAGUUCUUCUGGGUUGACUGCCAGAACAAUUACGUCUCCUCGACUUACCGUCCGGUGAGAUGCCGGAGCUCCCAGUGUUCUCUUGUCACGAUUGGGACAAGUGGGUAUUGCUUGGACUGCUUUCUCCCUGCCGGACCCGGUUGCAAUAACAACACGUGCACCAUAGUUCACGAGAAUCCGGCCACUCAUUUCGUUACCGACGGUGAGGCAGCUCAGGAUGUUCUCACGUUGACUUCCACCGACGGGUCAAACCCCGGCCGAUUGGUCGCCGUCCCUCAGUUUAUUUUCUCCUGUUCCAGGACAUUCCAACUCGAAUCACUCGCGAGCGGCACCGUUGGAGUUGCCGGAUUAGGCCGAGAUCGGGCUGCCCUGCCAUCCCAAUUGGCCUCUGCUUUUAGCUUCCCGAGAAAAUUCGCCAUUUGUUUAUCCGGUUCAACCAGGGUUCCGGGCGUUCUGUUUUUCGGCGAUUCACCUUAUAAUUUCCUCCCCAACAUUCAAGCAGCUUCGUUUCUGAAAUACACUACACUCUUAAUCAAUCCAGUCAGUACUGCUGUGGCUCACAGACUGGGAGAAAAAUCAGAUGAAUACUUCAUUGGGGUAAAAUCAAUUAGGAUUAAUAAUAAACCCGUGAAAUUGAACACCACAUUAUUGUCGUUUGAUAAGAACGGUAAUGGUGGAACAAAGAUUAGCACUUCAGAACCUUAUACUGUAUUGGAAUCUUCCAUCUUCAAAGCAGUGACUGAAGCUUUCAUUACAGAGGCUGCGGCUUUGAACAUCGCGAGAGUUGCCGGGGUGGCUCCGUUUGAGGUUUGUUUCAGUUCAGACAAUGUUGUGAGCACCAGAUUGGGUGCAAGAGUUCCGCAAAUUGACUUGGUGUUGCAGAAUUCGAACGUGGUUUGGAGCAUUUUUGGUUCGAAUUCCAUGGUUUCUGUGAAUGAUGACAAGGUUUUGUGCUUGGGAUUUGUUGAUGGAGGAUCUGGACCCAUUGUGGGAAACCAACCCAGAACUUCGAUUGAGAUUGGAGGGCACCAAUUGGAAGAUAAUCUUUUGCAAUUUGAUUUGGCAACUUCAAGAUUGGGUUUCACUUCCACGCUUCUUGGAGCCAGAACUACCUGCGCCAAUUUCAACUUCACAUCCGCGGCUUAAAAUUCCGUUCAAAUCCUGGAGCUACUUAUACUUACCUUUACCGUUUAAUUCAUUUUCUUCAAAACUUUUAUUACAUUCGUGUUUAUUCGUAACAGUUCUCAAAGAAAUAAAUUAUUUUUCUCCGUAAGAAAUAUAGGUCACACUUGGCUACCAUUUUUUAUCCCUCCGUCCCAAAAAAAAAAAAAUAGUCCACAUUGAAUUUUGAGUUUAGUACUAUUUUUAGUAAAUAUUAUUUUCCUCAGUAAAGUUGUUAAUAAAGUUUAAAGCGAAAGUGAGACUUCGUCAAUGCUUAAUCAAAAAUCAGUUUGACAUCCAACAAUAAUGUUCUUCCUGUUCUAAAUUUGUUCGAAUUAGUCAAAUGUAAAACCUCCUCAACGCCCAUCUUUAACUAAGCAUUUCUUUCAAUUUUUCAAGUGGAGCGUAUAAAAAAGAGUCAUAUCAUAAUCAAAGACUGAAUAAAAAUAUAUAAAAACAGGAAGAACGAAGUCAUUCAUUCAAUGACU